UGUGCUAUUUCAGAGAAGAAGAAAAACUCAUUAUUCUAAAAUCAAUGACUACAUUUAGAUGCUUUUGUUCUUUAAAACCAUUUCGCGAUGAAUACGAAUUUUUCAUUAAGAUCAGAAAAGCCUCUUAUUACACUGGCGAAUUAAUCCGACAGAACUUAACUAUAAUGUUGGUAUAAUUAUAUUUCCUACACUGUUGUAGUUAUUCCAAUAAACAGAUCCUCGAAACAACGCAGUAAGUGUAUGUUUAUAUUUUUGCAAUAGAAUAAUUUAAAAAAUAUACAUUAUUAAUGACGAUAAACAUAAAAUGUUGUUGAUGUAUUGGGAUUAAUCAUCACUGCGAGAGAGAAAAUCGAUGCACGUGUACUCAAACAGAUUGAAAACAAUAAGGAAGACACACAAACUAUCUAUAAAGUGUUAAUUUAGCAUAUUGUAGUGUCUCUGUGAUAUUUGGUGACAAACGGAUAAGCUGUUAUGAAGUGAAGAUCGUGUUGACGUGAAAUGCUGAUAUUGAAAACAUGUGGCAAACAUAAACGUAUUUAUAUAUAUACCAUUCUUAUGUUCGUCAUGUUGUGAAAAUGAUAUUUAUUGAAAAAGUUACAAUCUCACAGUUGACACAGCAGAAACACAAAAGUUUUCACCUGAGGCAUUUCCAUCAAAUGAACUUAAUAUGUUCUAUGUAGAUGAAUAUUUCCUCCGUAUUUAGUGGAAAUAUUGUAUUUUGUCAAGGACCUCGGUAUUGUAAUCCAUUAAAAAAUGUGUGGGGAAAGAAUUGAUUUAUAAAUCAAAUAGACGACUGGCUGUGUCCGUGCAAUCAUUAUAAGAUUCAGAUCAUGAUCUAUAUAUUAUGAUGGUGCUGGGAUAAUUGUUUCCCGCUGAAUCUACGAUCUAGGGAUUCUAUUUAUUUCCGAAUUAAUUCUGGAUGUUAAAAUAAUCGCCGUAAGUACAAUUAAAAAUACAUUUGAUUUCUUCCAACAUAACUAACAUAUAUCAAGAAAUUGCUUAGCACUUGGUUUCCGUGAAACUCAUACGAGUAUCUUUUGGUUAUCAGCAACAUUUCAGAUAGGGAUUAUUAACUGCAUAUUGCUUAUGCUGAAUACUAUUGAAAUGGAAUAAUUCACUUUUCAUUCGAGUAACAAUCAACAACCGUUACAUUAUAACAUUAUUGUGAAAUGAUACUUGAAAUAUUGGAAACAAUGGCUUCAACCGAAAAAUUACCAAUUUUCAUAGAUGCAGUGGAAGUUUCGUCAACAAGUACUUCGUCAGUUGAAAUACUAUGGAGAGCAAAUCCUGAUACUGUGUCAAAUGUUCUGGGAUACCGUGUUCAUUACCAGAAGAUUGCUAGUUCCUACAUCCAGUAUGGACCUCACCUGUCACCAACUAUCCAUUCUUACACCGUUCACAAUUUAGUAGCUGACACUUAUUAUAGACUAUGUUUAAUGAUGUUAAGAAACGAUACAGCAACGUUACAAAAAUGUGUUGACGCUUCAACGCGAAGUUGGCACAUCCCCGUUUCUAUUGGAAGUAGUAUAGGUGCAGUGCUGGCUCUUUCUAUGAUUGUGUUUGUUAUUUUGUUAUUACGAUGGCCAUCGUCGAUACACUGGAGAGGGAAACAAAAAACUAGAAAAUAUGACAGUAUGUCAUCUCACUUUAAUGAUGAACUGUAUGACUUCAGUGAGAGUGUAACAAUGACUGCCGGUCAUGACGACAUGUUUUCAGACCAAAGCGAAGGUUAUGUAUUUGAACUUCCAGUUCAUAAUAAUGGACAUUGUAACGGGAACACAAAUUAUGUAAUUGCUGGGGUUCACCGAAAAGGUUCAUCUUCAUCUUCUCACAAACAUUCCGGUCACCAUCACCACGGUCGAGGCCACUGUACUCAUUCAGGACAGUCCCAUAGUGGAAUUCGUCACCAUAGCCAUCAAGAGUCUAGCAUUAUGCAGGAUCUCAAUCAUAAUCACCACCAUCCCCGUCAUGAGCACGGUGAUUCAAUAAUUUUGCAUGAUAACGAUGAACAAGAACAGGAACUUGACUGUAAUCAAAUUAACGGUAUGCCUCAUGCUCAUACUGAGCCUAUUCUACCGUCAACGGAAUUUUAUGAAUUUGAAAUGCAAGAUAUGAAAGAAGUCAGUAAUAUGCCAGAGCCAGACGUCAGGCCAUAUUUAGAAACAUCGAUCGACGAUGAUAUUGCGUGAUUUUUUUCAUGUUUUUAUUUGCUCAUAUUUGGAAAAUGCUCAUGAAGUAUCCAAAUUUAUUCCAUGGAACAGUGUGCUUUCCUAUGGUUUGUAUUUUUUGUGUUUAUUAUAGGAAAUAAUCCUGUAUGUUCAGGUCUAUUUUGUAAUAACGUUGUUAACCUUUGUCAUUAUUAAACCAUUCAAUUGA